CACCUCAUAAAGGAAGAGGAGGAUGCGCUGCUGCAGUCCAGGUCUGGUCUGAGCCUCCAAACACCAUGAAGUCUGGGAUGUGGGCACCCAUCUCCUAGUGUCUCACCGAAGCAAGGCAGAUCCCACAGACUUGACAGGAAGAAAGUUCCCAAAAGAAAGGAGCAGGGAGUCUGUCACCGUUCAUGAGAGCAGCGCUGAUGGAGAGGACCUCUGAGACUCAGGAAAAGCAGAGCAGCGUGAUACUGAGCACGGCGAGCAGCCAGACAGGGGAGACCUUCUCACUCUACAACUACCUGAAAGGCAGCUGUAGCCUGGUGGAGGUCGGUCUGUUCUCCUUAGUGACAAGCAAUAGAACAAGAGGAAGCAGCCUUGAGUUGCACCAGGGGAGGUUCAGACUGGAUGUGAAGAGGAAUUUCUGUGCUGCCAGGGCUGUCAGGCAUUGGAAGGGGCUGCCCAGGGAGCUGCUGGAGUCACCUGGAGGGGUUUCAGAACCGGGGACUUUUGAGAAUUGAUUGCACUUUUAAGAAGCUUCUCCCAUUUUUAAUCUUGACUGAAUUGGCAAAAUGCCUGCUCCAGUUCCAGAGCUGUGGAACUACAUCCCAGAGGAAAUCCUCAUCCAGGUGUUCCGUUACCUUUCUCUUCGGGACAGAUACACCGUGUUCCAGGUGUGCAGGCAGUGGGCUACGGCUGUUUCCUCCAGCUCUGUUUGGCAUUUCACAGAGAUCAGCUGCGAUUCAGAGGAUGAGGAAGGCAUGCUGCAGAGCCUGCUCCAGUUCCUCAGCAGAAUCCAACACCUCAAGAUUGUGUUUGACCAGUCCAAAGAGGCCAACCGGAGGAACGUGACACUCGUCUUGGAUGCUCUGGUGAAACAGAACCACAAGCUGCAGCAGCUGUGCAUCGUGUGCCAUGGGGAGAACCCCUAUUUCUACUCUGGCCAGGACAUCCUCCAGAGCAUACGGAACAUGUGUGACCCGAAAAACCAGACACGUCUGCAGCACAUAGAUUUUCGUGGCAUGCCCUUCACUCUGGAUGGGGAGCUGGUCGAACUCUUGGCUACCACCAACCCUAACUUGCACAGUUUGUUCAUCAACAACCGCACCCUGGUAUGCAAUGUGGCACCAGACACCAUCAGGAAGGUUCUCAGAGCGUGUCCCAGGCUUUCAGCCUUGGGGGUUUACUAUGCCAGUUUGUCUGAUGAUGUAUUUCAGGAGCUCCUCGAGCCUGGAAGAGCAGCCUUCACCCAUUUAGACAUCUUCUGUGAGCGCCUGGAUAAGUAUAUACCAGUCAUCUCAGAAGAGCUCUGGGCUGCUGUAAGUCAAAAGCAUCCUCAGCUCUGUGUAGACCUAGAGUUUGAUCAUACGGUACCUGCCUGCAAAAUACCACUGAUCCUCAAACUGAAUAUCCCUGUGAGCACACUGCAACUUAAUACCUAUAAUUAUAUGGUAAAUCAGAUUCGGUUUGUCACCCAGAGCUACAGCAGCACUUUAAAGAAGCUGACACUGCAAACCACGUCCUCAGAGGACUUAAAUUCCUCCCUAGUAGAUCUGGCUAAGCAAUGCAGAAGUCUCUUGGAGAUCCACUGCUACUGUGUGGUCAGCCAGGAGGUGGUAGAAGCCUUCCUGACACACUGCCCUGCUCUGAAACAAUACACCCUGAAGGUCACCAGGGAACGGCACCCCUGGAGGCCAGUGACGCUUCGGUGACUGCCUCCUGCUCACACCCCGGGGAAGUCCUGGGCAUCUGCAAGAAGUCAGGGAAGGAAGAUUGAGGGCUGUAAGGAAAAUGCUGCAAAACGCCCUCUGCACUCGCUGAGAACAUGCUGUUCCACCAGCUCUGGCUGUUACAUGAGUCACACACCUGUUCUGCAGACCAAGCAUUCACACUCAAAUGUUGGCUGUACACAGGAAUAGAAUUACCCCACCUUUUGGGGGGUUUUGGUCUUUGUGGGGAUAAGUGUGGUUUUGUUCUUGAUGUGGGAUCUGUUUUCUUUAUGGGGACAGGUUGUUUUUCUUCUCUGUGGCUUUACAGAGCAGGAAUGCUGAGUUUACUCUUUGUGGGUUUUUACCUCAGCAACAUCUGAUUUUGAUUUUGCCUAUUUAAAAGAACCUCAAAGUCAAGCAUGUUUUGUCAGGAGCUCAGCAACUGCUUAAAUAGACAGGUAAGGGGGGUAGCAGCUUCCAUGCAGCUGUUUUUCUGCCCCGUGGGGUACUCAGCCACGCAGAUUGAGUGAGCUACAGCAAUGAACUGUGGGCAUCUGAUGGAAAAUUCACUCUAACCUUGAUUAUUCCUCCUGUGGCAUUUCAGUGGUGGUGAGCUUACUCACUGUCAGGUCACUUCCAGCACAGAGGGGUGUAACAGGAGCUGAAUGGUGUUAGAAAAUACAAGCAGUAGAAAGAGCACUUAAGGAAAAACAUUCACAAGGUAGUAAGAAGAGGCACGUGGCCUGAAUAUUCCCUCCUCCAGCUUUCUUUUGCUCAGGAAUGCACAUUUCCAGGUUAGAAUUGGAAUGCCUUUUGCAAAGACCUUUGGUUUUAUUACCCUGUCAGUGUUUCUUAGGAGAAUCAAGAGUUUUUGCAUCUGAUACCUGCAUUCACAUGCAAGUUGUCUUGCACCUGAGUUAGAAUAUCUGUGUUCUGGUCUGUUGUACCAAAGGUUUUGGUGAAUGUUGAGCAGUUUCUGAGCUGAAAUGAUCCUGGCAUAAAGCUACCCUGCAAGCACCUAUUUGGACCUAUCUAAAGCAUUUAUUAUAAUAAUAAAAAGCAUAUUGUCAUCUA